CUCAAUCCGUCCGCACCUCGAGGACAAAUUCCUCAUUCCACCCCAGUCAUGUCUAACCUUCAGACCUUCGUCAACAAAACCGUCACAAUCAUAACUUCGGACGGAAGAACCCUUACCGGCAAGCUUAUGGGUCACGACCAAACUACCAACCUCAUCCUUUCUCGCACCAUCGAACGUAUCUUUGCAACACCCGGGUCCGAGGAGGCCACGCAACAAGUUGAACACGGAUUGUAUUUGAUUCGUGGGGAUAACGUUGCCAUUUGCGGGCUUGUGGACGAGCAGUUGGAGGCUGGGAUUGAUUGGUCGGCAGUGAGGGCGGAGCCGUUGGGUGGGAUGAAGCAUGUAUGAGUUGGUGGGAGAUAUCGUGAAUGCAUUCAGGGCAUGAUGGAAUAGGCAUUGGGUUUUCGAGUGUUUGCUACCGAGCAAAUUAUCCACCCCUCCAUCUGUAAGCCGGUCACGAACGCAGGGGCUAUCAACUACUUCGGACUUGCUGGGCCUUUCUUCCUGUUUUCAGUUCUUUUUGUUCGAGUUUACCACUGUGGGGCCAUGUGUCUAGCUCCUCUUUCCUCUAUGAUAGCAGUAUCGAGAGGGUACAAUUUUCGCAAUUUGCUGAAGGAAAGUCAAAGUAGGCCUUUGUUGGUGUGGCGGAGGAAGCGUAUUCUCGCUCACUUUAAACAAUCGAUUGCAUGGUCACCUCUCACUUGGAUGGAUAUCACG